GUGACGUCAGGGCUGGGCGUGGUAAAGCAGUUUCGGUGGAAGCAGAAUUCGUUGUGUGGUAUAAGAUCCACCGAGAGUGACGUCAUUGUCCGUUUUGACGUCAGUGGUACGCGAAGGGAUCCGGACUGGACAGUAGUUUAGGGUCUCAUUGUAAUCUUUAUGGAUGAGCCCGAGUCCGAGAGCCCGGCCAGUAUCUUGGCCUCAGUGAGGGCGCAGGAGGCACAGUUUGAGCUCUUGUCUCGUGCUCUGGAAGAAGAAAGGAGACACGUCACUGCACAGCUGGACCGGGUGUGGGUGACUCCUCAGGAGGCCACAACACCGCUUUCCAAUGGCACCCUCACCCGUUUCCAGCAGAACAGGCGAGUCACCGACUCCACAGAGGGACAGAGAAAGAAAUAUCCAGAUAUAAAAGCUAUACAGGAUCAUUCACCUUGUGUGUACUCGUCGGUCAGGAUGGAGAAUAAUGGUCGUACUGCAGAUGAAAAUUAUGUUUUAGAUGAUGAGCCAUUGUACUUAUCCUACAGUAUGUCUGAGGAACCCCGUCACAUGGAUAUCCCAAUAAAACCUUCUGUUGGAUAUUCUCAAACGUUAGAUCGGCCCUAUCGUGAUGCUGUUGUGGCUGGUGGAGCCUAUACUACUGUGCCCCGUAAUUAUCAUUUUCGUGGACCUGGAACAGAGCCGCUGCCAGUUAUUCUACCCCCUCAGCAUCCUGGCUACAGCAGCUUGUCUAGGCCAAAUAAUCGUUACCACACUUUGGAACCUUAUAGAGGUCCUGGUUAUGGGCCUCAACCUCAAGUUAGAGGAGCUGGCUUUGGAGGUAGCCAAUCUGAUCUGCUGACUGCCAGGUAUGGCUCUGAAGAUGCAUAUGGACUGGAAGAUGAUCGUAGAAGUCUUGGUGGUUAUGUAGAUGGGCCAGACUAUUCUACCACAGGUAGGAGGACUGCAAAUGGAGAUCAACGUAGGCGACUUAGGAGUUAUGAAGAUCCAUUGUCUGAUCAUUAUGGAUCAUCUUUGCCUCAGUCUGGGAGUCUUAGUAGCCUUGGACCUGCAUCUUUGACAGUGGCCCCCAGUGGCCCUUGGAGACAACCAGAGCUUCCUGAAGUUCUUGCCAUGCUCAGUUACACUCUUGAUGCUGUGAGACUAAAUGCAGCUGCAUAUUUGCAGCACUUGUCAUAUCGUAACGAAGAAGUAAAAAAAGAGGUAUGUCGUUUACGUGGAAUACCACCACUAAUAAGUCUUCUGGAAGAUCCACGGGCUCCUGUAAGGCUUGCGGCCUGUGGUGCACUGAAAAAUCUUUCUUAUGGCCCUGCAAAGGAGAACAAAUUGGCAGUUAAAAACUGUGAUGGGGUGCCAGCUCUAGCAAGACAAUUGCGCAGACGAGGAGAGGGCCAAGAAGGAAGAGAGAUGGCAGAGUGUGUAACUGGUACUCUCUGGAAUUUAUCCUCUCUGGACUCCAUAAAGAUGGAACUUGUGGAUCAAGCCCUUUACACUCUGAUUCAGGAGAUCCUUGUUCCUUAUUCUGGUUGGCAGAAGGAUGGUGGAGCAGUGAAUGCAGAAGAGGGGAAGACCCAACACAUCGAGUGGGAGCCUGCGUUGGUUAAUACAACAGGAUGCUUACGGAACAUCUCAUCUGAGCGUUCUGAAGCACGCAGGAAAAUGAGGGAGUCUGAGGGGCUUGUGGAUUCUGUGGUCCACAUAUUGCGCUCAGAGGUGGGCCAUGGACAAACAGACAGCAAGCUUGUGGAGAAUGUGGUAUGCCUCCUAAGGAAUCUUUCUUAUCACAUCCAUCGUGAGAUACCACAGGCUGAAAAGUAUCAAGAAAACCACCUGACUGAGAAUACUGAACCACAGAAUCCUAGUUGCUUUGGUGUGCGUCGUGGUAAAGGCAAGAAGAUUUCUGAUGAUUCUGCAGACUCAGUGGAGUUUCCAAAGAGGACAACACCAGCAGUAGGUUAUGAACUCCUUUUCCAACCUGAGAUGGUCCGUCUCUAUGUGUCGCUUGUUAAGUUGUCUCGUACACCUGCGGUCUUGGAAGCAGCAGCUGGUGCCAUUCAAAACCUGUGUGCUGGAUGCUGGAUUUAUGGUCGCUGUAUUCGUGCUGCUGUCCGUCAAGAGAAAGGUCUGUCAUCACUAGCUGAUCAUCUGUCCCAUGAGAGUGAGCGUGUUGUACGUGCCAUUUGUGGAGCGCUGCGCAACCUUUGUGGAGACAGCCGGAACAGAGAGCUGAUAGGUAAACAUGCUCUGAGUAACUUGGUGGCGCGGCUACCAAGUUCUCAGUCUCCUGUGGUUUCGGAGGAUACAACUGUGGCUAUUCUGAGCACUAUUCAAGAGGUUAUCACUGGCAACUUGGAGGCAUCUAAGAAACUGCGAGAGAGCCAAGGAAUUGAAAGACUUGUACUCAUUAAUAAGGGAGGCGGCCGUUCUGACAGAGAGAUCCGUGGAGCUGGUCUUUGCCUUCAGACAGUAUGGGGGUUUAAGGAGCUGAGAAGACCUCUCGAGAAGGAAGGUUGGAAGAGGAGUGACUUUCAGGUGUCUUUUGCAGGCUCAAAGCGAGCUCCAGGAUUUGAUGAUAGCACUCUCCCACUCAUUGAUCGAGCCCAGAGGAUUGACCCAUAUUCACACAAUGGGGAUCAUGGCAGUCAUCACCUAAACCGUUCAAAAAAUCUCUCUGAACUGGAACCGCUCAAAGCGAGGUCUCUCAGUGCUGGGGGCUCAUUGGAUCUGGGGGAUGCUGAGGACCAACCAGUCUAAUUCCACAUCUGCCACAUAUGGUAACACUCAUGGUUAAGUGAUCUCUUUGGAGCUACUGGACUAAGGAUGCUUCAACUAUUAACCUCACUGCCUGUCUUUACAAAACCCAAAUUCUCUUUCCUAGUUUCUGUUGCAUUCUGAUGAUGAUUUGUGGACUGAAAAUUUCUGUGACUUUUAUGGUUACUGUAACAGGAAGCACAGGAGAUGCGAUAACACUGGAAUAUUGCAGUAUUAUCAGACAGUAAAUAAAAGCUAACACAUGAUAACACUGGUCCUACAACACUAACAAUCUUAAGGACAGAUCACUGUGUUGGAAUUGUUCUAGCAUAAUGUAUUUCUUAUAAAAAUGUGUUCAUUUUUUUUUUCCUGAGUGAUCUGGUUACAUGUUUGCUGUUAAUUUUCCUUAUAACACUAUUACUGUCUUCCUCCCUUAUCUUGGAAUCACCAGUGGCCUUUCUGUGGGGAAAUUAGGGAGUAGUCUAAAUUAUGGACGCCCCAGCCCUCAGCCUAUUUUACUUCCUUUAAAACCUUUUCAUAACAUUAUCUGAUGCCAAGAAAAAUGUUUUUUAUAAAUAAAAAUUUUUAAGACAAUCAUAA